AUGGCAACUCACGUGGUUGCCACUGAUGUCAUUGGUAUCCGUCGAUGGCGAUUUCCACAUUGCGAAUUGUACGUACAUGAAUGUGAUCGAGACACAUGCCGAGUGUCGGUGCUGCUGCAACAGACUGCAGCCGCCCUCGCCGCAGCGGCGGUCGAAACGUCCUGUCGUCGACAUAGUCGGCCCGUCGAUGCCAUCACAGGCAACUGCGCCCCCAUGAACCACCUGCCCGACGCUACAAAAUACCACGUUGCCAUCAACGACAAGCAGUACAACAAAGGAUUGAACUGUGGUCGAUGUGUGCAGGUGCAGUGCAAAGUCCCUCGAUGCAAAUCCAACAUGAUCAUAACGGCGCAAGCGACGCACCGAUGCCCCGAGUGUGCCCACGGCGACCUCGACAUGCCGCUGCCGCUCUUUUUAGGUCUCAGGGUAUGUCACGGACAAGAAGGCAGCUCCUUUUACUGGCUGUGCGUGCAGCCCAUGAACACCAUGUCGGGGGUGAAGGCGAUGAAGGUCAAUAGCGGCUCGGCCCCUCCAUUCCUUCCAUGCGACUUCUUCAUGACGACGAAACUCGGCGUGGAGUGGAGAAGACACGAACAUGGAAAUAAUGAUGUCGUGGCGAAACCCCAUGCACCCAGAUCAGCCAGCAGUCCCCCCGUGGACAGCCCGAACUCGACGCCCCUGGACCUGAAUCAGGUGCUGCUGACGCCUUCGGCUCUCCAUUUGCAUUUCGUGGGUAGAGAUUCUAGUCGUGAGCGUCUACGCUCAAUGUCCAAAGCCCAUAAUGUAUACAUGUAA